AUGGGGAACACGGUCGCUCCUCUCUCUGUCGAGAGAGCCGAUUCAAAACUUCCCGUAGAGAUAUGGUACAAGAUUUUUCAACUCGUUCUUGGCCCUUCUCUAUCAGACCCAUAUCAACCCUCACUCGUGGCCUACAAGGACGCCCUAUUCUCAUCAACCCGUUACACAUUCCAGCGUCAUCGAGAUAGAGAGAAGCUGAGAGCUCCUCUCCGAAGGGUAUGUCGGUACUGGAAGAGCAUAGCAGAUGCACUGGACGACCAGUUUGUCGUUGUAUGGCCCGAUGGCAUAACCUGGCCACCAGGUCGAAAGCCAAAUGAGGCCAAGAGAAUAUACUACUUUUGGAGAGGUGGCGAUUCGGCAUGCGUGGUCGAUAUCCAGCGAGCAAAGACACGCGGCAGGAAAUUCAACAUGGAUGUAAAGCCCUCGCAUAUGUAUCCCGCUCCAGUCAAUCCCGAGCUAUACAUUGCGCCUGUUAUGAGUGUAACGGACUGUUUACUGGACACGACCAAUAUUCCGCUCGCAUCCAUCCCUCCAGAGAAGUUACCCAGGUCCCUCCUAUAUCGGUAUCGUGGCCAGCAUACCAAGUCUCUGUGCGCACUUUGGAAUCCACUUUUCGUACAUCUUACUGCUCUCCAUCUGCAAGUAGAAUUUCCUUUCGACUGGACACAUCCUCUCUCUCAUCUCAUGCUUCCUAAUCUACGUUAUUUCCAUCUCGACUUACUGACACGGGCAUCGCCUCUGUCUAAACAGGUGGUAGAAGCAUCGGUGCUCACCUGGAGAUUCCCAAAAUUACAGAUGUUUGGGGUCUCCGGAACGCUGGAGAAUCCAAAGCUAAACGCUGAAAUUGCAGCACUAUUAUUUUCUCAUGCAGCCACCGUCGAAGAGGUCGAACUCCGUCAUUUUUUUAUAAUAGACGAAGUAGCGCGUGCGGUCGAGUGGAAGAGGUUUACGAUGCUGAAGAAACUCCACCUCCUAAAUCUCGGCACAAUUCAUCAUCUUAUCCCCGCGUUGUAUGGCGACUCUAGCGCUGCAUCGUCCAGACCUUUGGUGAUACACUUCGCUGCCGCCUGGAUCGGGAAUGAAGUCGUUGGCAUGUUCAACCAUGCUAUUCGAUCCCACUUACAUGCGUUUGCUCAAGUGACGUUCUUGCUAGACGAGUUUGCCUGGGACGAUAUCACACGCGCAUUUAGUUGGCACCGAGCAGGACGAAUGACAUGUCUCCUUUCUCCUUCAUUGGAAACGGCGAGUCUUGCUAUAUUUGACAAGAAUGGUGAACCUUUGGACAGUCCGGCCGCUCUUCGUUGCCGGCAGGCGUUGAUAAAGGUAGAGGCAGGUCUAUAG